CGAAAAAAAAAGGUGGUGGAAAUUCUCUGUUGUGAAUGGUUGUUCGUAAAGGGUCCAUGUAAUCAGAUUUCCCCUUCCACUUACUUUUUUCCAACCAAAAACACACACAAAUUUCGAUCAUUUAACACAGUUUCUGUUUCCCCAAAAAGCCAAAGAGAGAGCAAAAGAAAUGGCUGUUCUCAAUUGCUACUACCUCUCAGUGACCUCUACAGCCACACCAAAAUUUCAAGAAUCUGCAAGCAAUUCAUCCCCUAUACAAAAUCCAGCAACCCCACAUCCAAGACAAACCAAAGUAAUUCUUCCCAAAAAAAAGCCUAUGAAAUGGUCCACUGGGGAUGCACCAGGUGAAUAUGGAGGCCCACCAACUACAACUAAGCUAAGGAAGUAUUGGGGUCAAGAUGAAGACCCUCUUACCUCUGAUGAUUUUAUUUGGAACAAAGAAUUUAUGGGUCGUAUGAAAAAGUUUGUUCAGGAACCUCAAGAAAAGGACCCUGCUUCUCGCUCUUCUCCUGCAAAGGAAGAGUCAUCUGGAUUUCUUAGCUUAAACAGAGUCAUGAGUCUUGACAGUAUGGAAAUUGACCUAACCGAGAAGCUAAUAACCCCUUCAAAGCCUAUGCUAGAUGCUGAAGUCGAGGAAAGUAAAACUAGCAUAAGUGCAUCUCAAAAAUGGAGACCGGCACCAACACGACGCGAGCAGGAGAAGUGGGAAAGGGCUGCAAAGGCUGCAACUGGGGGCAGUGAAGUGUUACUCCGAGAAACAAGACGUUCAAAAGAGGACCCAAAUAUUUUGGCUGCUCGGUCAGAGGAGCAGUAUCUUAAGUUGAAGGACAAAUUACAGUUCCUCACCCUUGGGAUUGGUGGUGUUGGCGUAGUUUCAGCCUAUGUCUCUUAUUCUCCUGAAAUUGCAGCGAGUUACAGUGCUGGCCUACUUGGUUCAUUGAUGUACAUGCGUAUGUUGGGGAACAGCGUGGAUUCUAUAAGGACAGAUGGACCCAAAGCGCUUAUCAAGGGAGCAGCUGGGCAGCCAAGGCUACUGGUUCCUGUUGUUUUGGUCAUGAUCUAUAACCGGUGGAAUGGUAUCCUUUCGGCGGAGUAUGGACUCAUGCACCUUGAGUUGAUACCCAUGCUAGUGGGGUUCUUCACUUACAAGAUUGCAACUUUUGCACAAGCAAUCGAGGAGGCAUUGACAAUUGUAGGGAAGAAGACAGAAACAUGAUUAUAGUAAUUAAUAGGUAUAUAGUUCCAACGUCGCCGCUUAGGAUUGAUAUCUUUUUUAUUCUCAAUAAUUAUUUACCAAGGUAUACAUGUUUACUACAACAUUUUUCUUGUUUUAAAACAAGGUGUAUAGUUCAAGCAACAAUGAUUUUUCAUGUUGAAUUCAUAUCCUUUUAGAUACUUAACUCAUCAAGGAGCAAAAGAAAAUACUGCUUGUUCCUAUUUUGAA